AUGUACCCAGGUGAACCUGACCCGAACACGGACCCGCAGCUCUUGGAGUCCCAGCUGGACUUCUUCCACAAGCUGGGCUACUCCACGGCUCAGGUACAGGCUGUUCAGCAGAAGUUCGGCCCCAACAUGGACACGGAUAAAGUGCUGGGAGAGCUGGUUCGGACCGGGCCCGUUCAGGAGGCCAAUCAGGGGCCGGUGACCACAAUGUCGGUGCUGGUGCCCAGAGGAGAAACCCAGCCAUCGGGCCCUACACUGCUGCUGCCUGUAGCUGGUACUUCUCCUCAGAGCAAAGAGGAGACUGGCGAGGAAGGAAAGACUCUGAGACCCGUCGUUAUAGACGGCAGCAAUGUGGCCAUGAGCCAUGGCAACAAGGAAGUUUUCUCUUGUCUGGGAAUCCAGUUGGCUGUGAACUUCUUCCUGGACAGAGGCCACACUGAAAUCACUGUGUUUGUUCCCUCAUGGAGGAAGGAGCAGCCCAGGCCGGAUGUUCCCAUCACAGAUCAGCAAAUUCUGCGUGAGCUGGAGAGGAAAAGGAUUCUGGUGUUCACACCGUCGCGGCGCUAUGCAGGCAAACGGGUGGUCUGUAAUGACGACUGCUACAUUGUCAAGCACGCCUUUGAGUCUGACGGUAUCAUCGUGUCCAACGACAUGUACCGUGACCUUCAGGGAGAGAAGCCGGAGUGGAAGCGCUUCAUCGAAGAGAGGCUGCUCAUGUACUCCUUUGUUAAUAACAAGUUUAUGCCCCCCGAUGAUCCCCUCGGUCGACAUGGACCAACCCUGGAGAACUUCAUGCGGAGGGUUCCAAAGACACAGAAAAAACAGCCAUGUCCUUAUGGGAAGAAAUGUACUUAUGGAAUCAAAUGUAAAUUCCACCAUCCCGAGCGAGCCAAACAGUCCAAUCGUGCUCUUGCUGACGAGCUUCGGGAGAGUGCUAAGCAGCCUACUGCUCCUCAUAAACAAUCUUCAGCUUGCUCCAGUCCUGUGCCUGGACUCAGCCUCCUGUUGGUGGAGGAUAUGGCGAAGAAACUGACUCUGGGCAACGAGAGCAGCUCCUUAAAAAAAGCUCAUAAAAAUGAAAAGGUAGCUCAGGUGAAGGCAAGUCACUGCUCCAGCAAGAAGGCCUCAUCAAAGAAGGAGAAGUCCAGCAAGCACGCGUUGUCUGAUCACAACUCGGUGCAGCACAGUCGCUCUCAGGAGCAGCUGGACUCUGGUUUAGGCUCCAUAGACAGCCAGCCGGUGGAAGCUCCUCGGAGUCUGAGUGAUCACCAGUUUGGGCUACCGUACAGCAGCAGCCAGCAGUAUUGCCCUCCAAAAAGUGCCCCGUGCAGCUGCUGCUCACAUGGCACUGCCUCUUGUGGGAGUGCGUCGGCUUUCCCAACUCACAACAUCGGGCCAGUGAGCAGCCACAGCGCUGAUAUGAUGCCCUACAGUCUGCCCCACUAUCCAAACUAUUGCGCUUACCCAGUCAGCAUGAAUCCGUACAGCCAACCGACAAAUUUCCAGCGCAGCCAAACCCACAGCUUCCAGAGGCCACAAUGGUCCGAUCCAUUCUGCGGUCGACCGGCGGUGGUCCGCAGCCUCCCGGGAGAUCCCUCACACUGGGAGCCUCCUCCAAUGAAGCAACCUGAUCCCAGCAGGGAGGAGAGAGAGGUUAUACGGAAAAAGCUCCUCGCUAUCUUCAGCGCCCAGCUGGUGGAUACAGCCAUGGACAUGUUCCCUCAGAUGAUGGAUCCACAGACGCUCGUGGUCGAAAUCCUCAAGUUGCAGAGUCAGCUGAGAUGA